GGUUGUCUCUAUGGGUGGACCAAACCUAUGUUGCUGUUGGCAAAACCUUUGGUACAGCACGCAUUUCUGGGGACCUGUGGCUAACUGGGGCCUUCCCAUUGCUGCUAUCAGUGACAUGAAAAAAAGCCCAGAAAUAAUAAGUGGGAGAAUGACCUUUGCUCUCACCUGCUACUCACUCCUAUUCAUGAGGUUUGCUUAUAAAGUUCAGCCAAGGAACUGGCUUCUCUUCGCCUGCCAUAUAACUAAUGAAUGUGCUCAACUCGUACAAGGAGGAAGACUGAUUAAUUACAAAAUGGAAAAAAAGCAAGCAUAACUACGUGGAUACUGAAAUUCUUCAGAGAACCCCUUGUGUGCGCACCUUUGAUCCCAGCUCUCUCCCACACCUACGAAGCAUUCUCUGUUUAAACAUGCUUGAUUCUGGGUAUUUAGUUAUUUAGCUGGUUGUGAGAUCCAUUGCAUGCGUGAACAAUAAGGGAAACAUGCCAAUUGUGUUUUAUUCAGUCUGAUGUUUUUGGUUUUUGAAAUGAAUCCAAGAUGUGCCCUGUCAAAUUGGGCUUUUUCCAUGAGCAGUGUUUCCAUGCUGUUACAGGUCAUUUAUAGAAUGUACUAAAAGCAUUCCCACCAUGCACUGUUCAAAGAAAAGGCUGCUGUAAUUGCUGAAAAGUUCCUGUUUUUAAUGGGGUUGAUAUAAAUGGAUCAAGCCGUU